AACACACACACACACACACACAUAGUUUGUCUUCUUUCUUCACCUAAAUGUUGUUAUAUGGGAAUCGGGGAUUAGGCAGUUCAUUGAGUCUCGUUGUCUGAGCAGUGAUUUAGCAUCAGCAUCAACGAGGCAGGCAGGCAGGCACAGCUGGAGACCAGAUGCAUGUCAGAGGAGAGAGAGGGAGAGAGACUGUCUCGUCUGGUCUUGUGUACCGUAUAGCGGCAGUGCUUCUUCUGUACUGUGUUUGUCCCAGAGAGAGGCAGAGUCAAGCUCCUCGUCAUAGCAACGGAUGGACGGACUACUGAUUACUAGCCUUUCACUGUUACCGUUUGUGGAUAAGCGACAAUGACAGAUCCAUCCCUCUGUGGAGGACGGAGGAGUGGGGAGGCAGGAAGACGAUGCAGUCUCACUCAGUCAGCCAAUAGCAAAGUAGGACUCUGGAAUCUGCACACUUCAGUGUUCUGAUCAGAUCACGGACUGAUCAGAUCAAUGCAUGAUCCCCGCUGGAUCAUUUCAACGGAAAAGGGGCUUCAUUUGUUUGGAAUCUGUGCAUGGAAGUACCAUAAUAAGUGUAUGUCGUGAAUACAAAAUAUCCCACAGGAAGUCAACUUUUUUUUUUUUUGUGGAAGACGUCAGCGCGGGCAUGUUUUUCAGCCCCUCUAAAAGUUGUCAUUUUAAAAGAGCUUUUAUCUUGAGCUGGUUUUUUGUCUUGGUUAAUGACGCUCCCUUGUUGUCAUUAAUAUUUUAUUAAAGGAACAAAACAGGGCAGUACCAGCUCGUGCUAUUUCUGUCACUGUUAAAAACGACAUCUGAGGGGUCAGAAUUAGCGACAGUAAAAAACUGUAUUCUGUAACUGAUCAGCCUGGUAAUUACAUCUUAACCUCAGCCCAGCUUACUGAUCCUAUCGCUUUGGUGUCGGAUACUGAACCUCAGCCCAGACCAAAUUACUACCCAUACCCCCCCACUCUCCCUGAAGAGAGAGAGAGAGAGCGAGAGAGAGAGGGGGGGGCGAGGGAGGCUGUGGAAAAUAAGGGCAGAGAAAGAAGAAGUGGGUGUCAGGGUGACAUUUAUAAAUUUUUCUCCGUUGAAGUCGACUCAGCGGCGACGGAUCCGUGGUAAUUACGACCCCCUCCAUCACAGACUGAUGUAUGACCUGUGCACCAGGCCCGAGCAGCCACCGGAACCCGAACCGGAGCAGCCACCGGAACCCGAAGCGGAGCAGCCUGUGUCUACAGCGGAUACAGACAUGGAAGGGAGAUGCCGUGGAGAGGCUGAGACCCCAGGACAGCAGAACCUAAUACAGCAGGACAGGGAUACUAAGACAGAGGAGCAUGGUAAUAAUACUACAACUACCAAUGGGGACUCAAUGGACAAGGCAAAUCUAGACACUACCUCUACCACUGUUACUGCCCCUGUGACACCCAAGAGGCACAGCUCACUUUACAAGGACCUCAACGACUGCGAGGUGGGAGGGUUUCGCAAGAAUGGCACUGACUAUGGCUUCCUGGUGCGUCAGAACUCAGAGCUGCUGCGAGCUCUGGAUGAGAUGGAGAAGACCUGCAACCACCUGAGAGAGGAGAACGGUCUGCUGCGAAAGAGCAGCGCCCCAGAGACGGAGGAGAAGGUGAAGCGUCUGAGGAGGAAGAACAUAGAGCUGGCUGUCAUCGCUAGGAGGCUGGAGGACAGAGCACACAAACUACAGGAGGCUAACCUCAAAGUGGUGAACGCCCCAGCUCCGGUGGAGCAGUACAAGCGGGCGUUUGCCCGUCAACGAGCCCGUGACCUGGCGCAGCACGCAGACACAUUACUCUCCAAGGACAAGGAGAUCGCCGCCCUGCAGCAGGAGUGUAGGGAGCUGGAGACACGCUUGGGCACAGCCAAGGGCUCCCCAGUCCCGUCUUGCGUGGUGGAGUUUGAGAGGCUGCUAAGGGAGUCCCAGAAGGAGGUGCUGAGGCUCCAGAGGCAACUGUCAAUCUCCUCCUCCAGAGUCACCUCCUCCAGAGUCACCUUCCCUAAAGACAUCUCCUGUAAAGACAUCUCCUCCAGAGUCACCUUCCCUAAAGACAUCUCCUGUAAAGACAUCUCCUGUAAAGACACCUCCUGUAAAGACAUCUCCUCCAGAGUCACCUUCCCUAAAGACACCUCCUGUAAAGACACCUCCUGUAAAGACACCUCCUGUAAAGACACCUCCUGUAAAGACACCUCCUGUAAAGACAUCUCCUCCAGAGUCAUCUCCUGUAAAGACAUCUCCUCCAGAGUCAUCUCCCCUAAAGACACCUCCUGUAAAGACAUCUCCUCCAGAGUCAUCUCCCCUAAAGACAUCUCCUGUAAAGACACCUCCUGUAAAGACACCUCCUGUAAAGACAUCUCCUCCAGAGUCAUCUCCCCUAAAGACACCUCCUGUAAAGACAUCUCCUCCAGAGUCACCUUCCCUAAAGACAUCUACUGUAAAGACACCUCCUGUAAAGACAUCUCCUCCAGAGUCAUCUCCCCUAAAGACACCUCCUGUAAAGACACCUCCUCCAGAGUUACCUCCUGUAAAGACACCUCCUCCAGAGUCACCUCCCCUAAAGACACCUCCUGUAAAGACACCUCCUCCAGAGUCACCUUCCCUAAAGACAUCUCCUGUAAAGACACCUCCUGUAAAGACACCUCCUCUGAAGACGCCUGUUGCAGAGUCACCUCCUGUAAAGACCCCUCCGGCAGGAAACACAACGGACACGAAAGGCCCUGCACAACAAAGGAGGAAAGGGAGGAGAAGGUUGCAGCAGAGACCCAACUCUUGGCGUUAAAUGAGGCUCCAGCCAGGUGUGAGGAGACUCCCAGAGAGGAGGAGGGGCCGCGAGUGAUCCCAACUCCGCCGGGCCCCGCCCCCACCCCGAGCCACUCCCACCAGAAGGAGCACACAGAAGAUCAAAGACUACAGUUGCUGGAAUGUGAGCUGAGCAAGAAGAGAAAAGAAUGUGAAAACUUGGAACAUGAAGUUAGGAAGAGACAGAAGGGAUGUCUGGAUUUGGAGAGCCAGCUUGAGGAUGAGCGAGGCAAAAAUGGGCAUCUAGAGGAGGAGGCGGAUCUCCUCAGGAGGAAGGCACAGCUGCUCGACCAGACCUGGGUUGAGAAUGAGGAGCUGAGAGAACACCUCUCUGAAGUGACCGCUCAACGUGAUUCAGGUCUCAAGGAGAACCAGAGACUCCGUGUCAAACUGGAGAACCUAGAGCAGGUCCUAAAGCAUAUGCGAGAGGUCGCCGAGCGGAGGCAGCAGCUGGAACUGGAACAUGAGCAGGCACUGGCUAUCCUCAAGUUCAAACAGAAUGAGAUCAAACGACUACAGCGGGCCGAGUUUUUCGCCAAGAGGGAGCAUGAGGGAGUGGUACAGAUGCUGGAGACUACAUUGGACUCCAUGCAGUCUAAGGUGCGGGAGUUGGAGGAUAAGUGUCACAGCCAGAGUGAACAGUUCAGCCUGCUCAGCCAUGAGCUGGAGACCUUCAGACUACAGGCUGGCAAAUUGGACCUGUCUGGCUCCACCAUCCUCACUAACCCCCCUCUCUGCCAUCUGACCAACGGGGUGGGCCUCACCGGAGAUGUGGCAGCAACUCUACGAAUGGGGGCCACCCCUCACGCUGCGGGUCUCACACGCCAUCCUACCGUCAAGCACCGUGAGCUGCCCACCAUCAGCCUGACCAAGUCUUCCAGCACCCCCAAGUCUGCCUCUGAUACCACCCACCUCUCCCCCAAGUCAGCCGAGUCCCACCACAGCCCCCACCACAGCCCCCACCAUAGCCCACGCAGGACCAGCCCCACGUCACAUGAGGUUGACACGGCCAGUGAAGUGGAGGAGUUGGACAUCGAUGUGUCCCCAGCGCCUUACACAGCUCUCAGGAGAGCCGCCCAGCUACAGGUCUUCAUUGCCAGAUACAGCUAUAACCCUUAUGAUGGUCCUAAUGAUAACCCGGAGGUUGAGCUGCCACUCACCGCUGGGGAGUACAUCUAUGUUUAUGGCGGUAUGGAUGACGACGGCUUCUAUGAAGGAGAGCUGAUGGACGGGCGGAGAGGGCUGGUCCCCUCCAACUUUGUGGAGCGCGUCUCAGACGACGACAUGAUAAGCGCCCACGUUCCAGAGAGCACGGAUAUAUCCCACAACUCCCUGCUGGACAGCAGCCUGCACAGCGCCAGUCACCAGCACCAUCUCUGCCUGGGGGGCCCAGGUACCUCUGAGAGGACAGACCCUACGUCAGCAGCCUCCAUCCCGGUUUCUCUCUCCGUCCCCUCAGGGGAGCACGUCCCCUCAGGGGAGCACGUCCCCUCGGACCCCUCCCUCCCAGACCUCCUUUCCCCAGCCCCCCUCACCAACGGCCUGGAUCUGGACCUAGAGGUGGGGGUGGGCACUGUGCCUUACCCGCGCAAGCUCACCCUCAUCAAGCAGCUGGCCAAGAGCAUCAUCAUCAGCUGGGACGGGCCGCUGGUGCCGGCGGGCUGGGGCAACGUGUGGAGCUACAAUGUGUUCGUGGACCAGGAGCUGAGGCUCAACGUGCCCUUCGGCUCCCAGACUAAAGCUGUCCUAGAGAGACUAGACGUCACCCUCAAGGCCUACCGGGUGUCUGUGCAGAGCUUGACGGAACGCGGAAGCUCGGACCAGCUCCGUUGCUCAUUACUGGUGGGUAGGGACGUGUGUGUGGCGCCUACCCAGCUCAGAGUCGACCGGGUCACCGCCACCUCGGCCAGCCUGGCCUGGCUGCCUAGCAACAGUAACUAUGUGCAUGUCGUGUCCUUGAACGAGGAGGAGACGGAGCUGGUGAAGGCUGGCAGCUACUCACUGUGCCUCAGUAACCUCACGCCCAGCCUUCAGUACACAGUCAAGGUGGAGGCUCAGCCACACCAAACCCCCUGGGAGAUUCCCCAGGAGAGACGGGACCACAAGACCGCCACCACCACCUUCACCACGUUGGCCGCAGGCCCCCCAGACGCUCCUCUGGACGUGCAGCUGGAGCAGGGGCCCUCCCCGGGAAUCGCCCUCAUCAGCUGGCUGCCUGUCACCAUCGAUGCUGCUGGGACCUCCAACGGGGUCCGCGUCACCGGAUACACAAUCUACGCUGACAAGAAAAAGGUGUUGGAGGUGUCGUCCCCCACGGCGGGCAGUGCCCUGAUGGGCCCGUCUCAGAUCCAGUCCCUGAUGGCAGCCCACGAGCUCACUGUGCGCACAAUGUCUGCCCAUGGGGAGUCCAUCGACUCUGUGCCAGUCAACGUGCCCGCCAAGUUGUCCGACAUCAUGACCGGCCAGGCUUCGGCCACCUCCUGCUCCUCGUCAACCCCCGUUCGUCAGUCAACCCCUGUCCACCAGUCACCACCCUACCAGUCACCACCCUACCAGUCACCACCCUACCAGUCACCCCCCGUUCACCAGUCACCCCCCGUUCACCAGUCAACCCCCGUUCGUCAGUUAACUCCUGUCCACCAGCCACCCCCUGUCCACCAGUCAUCACCCUACCAGUCAUCACCCUACCAGUCGCCACCCUACCAGUCGCCCCCCUUCCUGUCUUCGUCACCACCCGUCCAGCCCCAAUCCCCAUCUUACGGGAACUCAGCUGCCAAAGUCUCCAUGCUGCCCUACGCCACUGCCUCGUCGCCACUAGACGUCGCACACACCAUGGGCCCAAACGGGGGGCUGCCCUCUGCCAACUCUCCCCCAGUCCACGCCCUCCACACAGAGGCCUGCUCCCCACACCCUGCCUCGUACGCAGAGGUCUGGGCUAACCCCUUAGCAAAAUCUCCUGCCCCCCCAUGGGCCGCCUUGGCAGUGCAUGAGGCUAUGUCAUCUCCAGUAGCACUAAACUAUCAGGCCAAGUUACCAUCCGUACCGUCAGCCUAUCAGGCCAUGCUACCAUCAGCUUCUCACAUCAACACAACGAGCCCACAGAGCAUAGCAGACACAGACAGCCCCGGAGUUCCCCGUCCUGUCAUGUCCAUCACAGACUUUCUCCCUGUGGAGGAUGACUCCCGUGCCAACCUUUCAACCCCUGAGCCCUACCCCACCCCACCCAAGGCCCUUGUGCCACCCGCUGGGGACCUGAUCAACCCGCUGGACACGCAGCCUCUCCGGCCCCCCAGAGCCCCCUCUCCCCUGGAGUCAGAACCAGACUACUCCAUGGAGAGGCCGACCACACGCAUGGUGUCCAUGGAGGAGUUCCUCAGGCAGGACCAGGACACAGGCUUCAACAGGCAGCCAGAGCGUUACACUGCUGGUCUGGUGGAGCCAGAGAGCAGUAGGGGAUCUGACCUGUCUGAUAUCCUGGAGGAAGAGGAGGAUGACCUCUACUCUGACCCCCCUGGACCCGCCCUGGCCCGGGGAUACACCACCGGAGCUAAAAGGGAGUCUGGCAGAGACCUGUCGAUGGAGGCUGAUGCUGGGUGGAGCAGACAGCCUGGACUAUCUCCUAAGCUGACCAGGUCAGAGGUCAUACAUCAGCUCAAAGAGAGCAUGGAUCAUGCAUGGCCUAUAGGAGACAAUGAGGUGCGUAUCUUUGUGGCUCUGUUUCCCUACGACCCGGUCAACAUGUCUCCCAACCCCGACGCUGCUGAGGAAGAACUGCCCUUCAGAGAGGGACAAAUCAUCAAGAUCUACGGAGACAAAGACUCGGAUGGAUUCUACCGCGGCGAGUCGAACGGUCGUCAUGGUUACGUGCCAUGUAAUAUGGUGUCAGAGAUUCAGGUGGAGGACGAGGAGACCAGAGAGACACUCCUGCAGCAGGGCUUCCUGUCUACUGCCACAAACAUGGAGAAGAUAGGCACUCGCUCACAUGCACAGCUUCCGCGUCGCCCUGUCCCACCGCCGAAACCGAGACGAUCCAAGAAAGUGGAGGCUGCUGCGCUGUGGGAAGAUAGCUUAGACUCCUCCAGUCAAGAUCCCAGCCAAUCUGAUGUUGCCAUGGCAAACCCGGCGGGCCCCGGUCCUCGCAGGAUGAAGGCCAUCUUUGAUUACGACCCUCGAGAGAGUUCUCCCAACGCUGACAUCGAGGUGGAGCUGACCUUCGGUGCCGGGGAUAUCAUCUAUGUGUUUGGUGACAUGGACGAUGAUGGGUUCUUCUAUGGUGACCUGAACGGACACAAAGGCCUGGUCCCAUCUAACUUCCUACAGGCUGCCCCAGAGGCUGCUGGGAAAGCCCCACCAUUUGACCCCCAGCCUCAGUCUGUAGCCGAGCACAGGACAGAAUCACAGGUGAGCCUGAGCACAUUCCCAGAAGAGGUUCCACAUCCACCCCUACACACAGGACUGACUGGCCCAGUCCACACACAUCCACCCCUACACACAGGACUGACUGGCCCAGUCCACACACAUCCACCCCUACACACAGGACUGACUGGCCCAGUCCACACACAUCCACCCCUACACACAGGACUGACUGGCCCAGUCCACACACAUCCACCCCUACACACAGGACUGACUGGCCCAGUCCACACACAUCCACCCCUACACACAGGACUGACUGGCCCAGUCCACACACAUCCACCCCUACACACAGGACUGACUGGCCCAGUCCACACACAUCCACCCCUACACACAGGACUGACUGGCCCAGUCCACACACAUCCACCCCUACACACAGGACUGACUGGCCCAGUCCACACACAUCCACCCCUACACACAGGACUGACUGGCCCAGUCCACACACAUCCACCCCUACACACAGGACUGACUGGCCCAGUCCACACACAUCCACCCCUACACACAGGACUGACUGGCCCAGUCCACACACAUCCACCCCUACACACAGGACUGACUGGCCCAGUCCACACACAUCCACCCCUACACACAGGACUGACUGGCCCAGUCCACACAGACCACCAACACCACCUACACCUGGAUCCACCCGCAGCAGCAGGCGUGAUGAAACCCUCCUCCAUGGACCCUGCCCCAACCCCAAGGCAAGCCAGCCUCAGCACCUCUUCACCCCACGUCCCAGCAGAAAGCCCCUCACAGACAGACCAGACAGACAUCUCCCCACCAGGAAAGAAAAAGAAAGGCUUCUUCUCCAAAGGAAAGAAGCUUUUCAAAAAGUUGGGAUCCAGCAAGAAGGAUUGAAACUUGGGACAUUUAUCCCUCCAUUGUAGUUUUUGUUGAAAACACUUUUACAUUAUUAUCAGUCUUGGUUGUCUUGGGCUGUUAGUUUAGUUGUAAUAUUCAGUAACUAUGGAUACACUAAGAUAUUAUACAGUUGAAUACACCUCUUCAAUAUAAUACUACUAGACCAGCUGGCAAUAUGUGGAGCGUAUUUUGUGUGUAUCUGAAAUGGCACCCUAUUCCCUGUAUAGUGCACUAUUAUAGCACCCUAUUCCCUGUAUAGUGCACUACUAUAGCACCCUAUUCCCUGUAUAGUGCACUACUAUAGCACCCUAUUCCCUGUAUAGUGCACUACUAUAGCACCCUAUUCCCUGUAUAGUGCACUAUUAUAGCACCCUAUUCCCUAUAUAGUGCACUACUAUGGCACCCUAUUCCCUAUAUAGUGCACUACUAUGGCACCCUAUUCCCUAUAUAGUGCACUACUAUGGCACCCUAUUCCCUAUAUAGUGCACUACUAUGGCACCCUAUUCCCUAUAUAGUGCACUACUAUGGCACCCUAUUCCCUAUAUAGUGCACUACUAUAGCACCCUAUUCCCUAUUUAGUGCACUACUUUAGGAAAAGGGAGCCAUUUCAGAUGAAACCAUUGCCGUAUAUAAGACGUGACGGCAUCAAUGAAGAGCGUGUUAAUGAGCACGUUGAAGUAUUUCAGCCCCUAACCUGUGCUUACAGACGUCCUCUGAAUACCCACUGAUUCUAUGAUAACCCUUUUAGUAGUCCGCUCUGUGAGGGGUUUCUCCUUCACCUUCAUCUGGCAGUAUUAUCUGGAAGGAUUUGAUCAGAUGCAGAUGCGAUGUUAAAAAUGGUGCUCUAGACUUUCAUUUAGACUCUCCAUCGUUGGCUCGGAGAGGCCCGUGCAUCAUGUCCAGGCUACGCUCCAACCACUGUCAGUUAGUUUAAACUGAGAGGAUGGACGAGGGUCCCUUCGUCUGUCGACUGUUGUUUCUCAACCCUGUCACUUUUCAGAUCCAUCUGGAAUGUUUUCUACAUGGAUGUAUUUUAACAUCAGUGAGUCUCAUAUCAAAAGUAUUGUAACUAGCUAACAACAAAAAUAUGCUAAUUGUACACUGAGUCUUUUUUUUUUACCUUUAUUUAACUGGGCAAGUCAGUUAAGAACAAAUUCUUAUUUUCAAUGACGGUCUAGGAACAGUGAGUUAACUGCCUUGUUCAGGGGCAGAAAGACAGAUUUGUACCUUGUCAGCUCGGGGAUUCGAACUUGCAACCUUACGGUUACUAGUCCAACGCUCUAACCACUAGGCCACCCCUUACACUUAUUAUGAAGAGUUCACUACACAGUAUAGCUGAAUGGAAGCUGUUCCAUUUAACAACAACUGCUUCCAUUUCAUUACGAUUGACAACCAACAAGUCAUUUCCUUUAGAGGCUGUUGAUGUUUGUAAUGUCUGGAAUGUUUGAUAUUUAGUGUGUUAUGUGACGAGUGUGAGGAUGGACGGCCUUCUAAAGGGUGUGUAGACGCAGCCAGACUGAAACCUGUCUAUGCCUUGACACAGAACUCAUUGGGGUGUGUGUGUGUGUGUGUGUGUGUGUGUGUGUGUGUGUGUGUGUGUGUGUGUGUGUGUGUGUGUGUGUGUGUGUGUGUGUGUGUGUGUGUGUGUGUGUGUGUGUGUGUGUGUGUGUGUGUGUGUGUGUGUGCCUGUGUGUGUGUGUGCCUGUGUGUAUGUGCCUGUGUGUGUGUGUGUGUGUGUGUGUGUGCGUGUGUGCGCGUGCUCAUUUCCUGUCACUGUUCUGUCAUAGUAUAGUGUCAUCUUACAGGGUACUUGUUCCUCUGUCUGUCUCCUUUUGAUUUAGUUGUCUGUUUUAGGAGUGUGGUAAAGGACAAUGAACAAGACUAGCAACUGUUAACAGCAUUUAGAGGGAUUCAUUGUGUGCUACCGUGGUUAUCCACCCAACACAUGUAUAUUAGCUGCAUUGUAUGUUUAAUCCCACCGAUCCAUCUGGUAUAAUAUGCAGUAAUAGCUUUCUGAAGGUGUCCAAAUGAUAGAUGACAUUACUAAGUUUGAUACAUUUUGUUUAUUUUAGUUUGUUGUAUUGAGUUACAUUUGAAUCAUUUCUCAGGUAAAACUAGUCUUAGUCACUCGGCUCUGUCUGUGUCGAGCCACCUUGUCUCACUUAUUAAGAGGAAGAUUCUUGCCAAAAAAACAUGAGGUGCUUUGUCUGUUACCAUAACGAGGAGACCAAGCAUCAAACACCAGGGGUAUGGCAGCGGGGGAAAACAGAGGUAUGUUCUACCUGAUAAGAGCCCAGGUCUGUUCUAUAGCCCACAGUUUCAUCUGCAACAUUCUGAACGAUGCUUGCAACCCAUUGGAUUAGCCCCAGCAUAGGGCGGAGUCUACGCACACAUGACUCCAGACAUUGGAGGAUGCAAAUCUGGGUUCUUUGAUGUUCUGAAUGUUUUAUUUCAUUUUUUUAUUGUAUAAUUCAGUGUUAUCAAUUAAAAGGGAGAAUAACGAACAGCAGAACGAACAUGCCAAGUAUGAAGGAAGUGUUGAUGAUGAUGAGGAGGAGGAGGAGGAGGAGGAGACAUCUGUUUCACCACUUGAAUUAUCCUGUUUAGAAGCAGGAAUGAUGAGGUAGCCGUAGUGUACUGUACGUGUACUUUUAGUGGCUGAAAAUGUACCGUGGAUAUUUGUAUUCCUUCACAGCCUUUUAAUGUACUUACCUGCUCUAAUCUGUAGUCAGAAAGCUACUAGCAUAAAUUGUUAUUGCAAGCUUUAGGAAUGAACUACUGCUACUGCUACUACUGGCCCUGUCUGCCUCUACGUAGGCUACAUCUAAUCUUCUCCAGCUCUCCUAUCUAUAUAGGACUUCUUAACCCUUAGCAAGCAUUUUAGACAACAGCUUACAUUACAUUAUACUAUUUAGCCUUACAAGACCUUACUUAGUCUGAAUACGUUGUUUACACUACUUUGAUCAUUGACUGCAUGCAUAAUAACAAUGUUAUCCCCUAUUCUGCCUUAUUUAUUAUCGUCAUAGUUAUGUAUUUAUGUAUAGGUCUCACGUUCACUUGGCAUUACGUUUGCAACUUUUUUUGUCGUCUGAGUGGUUGUCGAUGCAGUGGAAGCCAAGUGUGGAGUAUUAUGGCAUUUCAGGAGUAGGUCUGUAUGUAUCGAAUUAUGUAAAGCUGUACGUGAAUGUAAGCCAGGGCACUAUGGGUCUUUGGACUAUAAGGUAUGAAACACAUUUUCAUACAGAGAAGGGAAUUUUUUGUUGUUGUCUUUCCUGACCUGUAUGUAUGCUUUCUUUUGAAAACAAUGGACGAUUUACCUUUUGUAUAUUAAGGUUUUUAUUACCCGUUUUGGGAAAGCUCACUUGUAAAUAGGUUUUUGUUUUAAAUUUUGUUCAUGUUGUUUUUCCGAUGUCUUUUUGCAUGUGGAAGCAGUGUUGUUGAUUGAGGAAUGACAAGUCAGAAGUAGUGCACGGAGGAACGACAAGUCAGAAGUAGUGCACGGAGGAACGACAAGUCAGAAGUAGUGCACGGAGGAACGACAAGUCAGAAGUAGUGCACGGAGGAACGACAAGUCAGAAGUAGUGCACGGAGGAACGACAAGUCAGAAGUAGUGCACGGAGGAACGACAAGUCAGAAGUAGUGCACGGAGGAACGACAAGUCAGAAGUAGUGCACGGAGGAUUUGUUGACUUGAAAUUGUGGUCGAUUUCUUUCAAUCUGGAUCUUUUUACAGGAAUAAAGUAUAUUUUCACAUAACAA